UUCUGUUUUUUUUUUCCAGUGAGGAGACGGGUGAUUUUUUCGAUAGAAUGAGAUGUGUACUUCAGAAACAAGAGAGCAUGCAGCGGUAUUGGAGGAAUGAGGGUGUUUUAAAUAACAGCAUCCCACCUCCUCAUGAGAAUACAGGGGAACAAAGAGCAAUAGACAAGCUGAUACUGUCCAAAAGAGAGCUGGAGAUGCUGUAUGAGGAAAUGAUCUAUACCCUAGUGUACAUGGCCGGAGUGGUGUCUUCUGAGCACGUUGCCAGUGAACAAGAACUCUUUUAUUACCUGCAGAUGGUUUUUGGAGUGAGCGAGAGUGAUCAUGGGUCCAUUCUGAUGCGUGUCAAAGAGUCAAAGGCUCCUGUCUAUGCUUUAACAGUCACAGUUGUUCAGGCACGAAAUCUCCUUGCAAAAGAUGCCAAUGGUUUCAGCGACCCAUAUUGCAUGCUGGGAAUUAUGAUUGUUCAAAGCUCAAAAGAAACCGAGGAAAAGAAAGAGAGGAAAUUUAGCUUCAGAAAGAAGAAAGACAAAAUGGAGAAACGCUCAAGUAUAAGGGAAGUGCUGCCUGCAAAGUACAUCCAGGUCACUGAGGUCAAGAGCAAUACCUUGAAUCCAAUUUGGAAUGAAAACUUCCUUUUUGAAAUUGAUGAUAUUUAUAGUGACCAACUUCACCUGGAUAUCUGGGACCAUGAUGAUGACGUAUCUGUGGCAGAGGCAUGUAAGAAGCUUAAUGAAGUUACUGGCUUUAAGGGGAUGGGCAGGUACUUCAAACAGAUAGUGAAAUCGGCAAGGGCGAACGGAACAGCUGGCUCUGUGGAGGAUAAUGCAGAUGACUUUUUAGGAUGCCUUAACAUCUCCAUUAAUGAGAUUCCUGUAGGAGGAUUAGAUAAAUGGUUCAAGUUGGAACCAAGGACAAGUUCUUCAAAGGUUCAAGGAGAUUGUCACCUCAUAAUAAAACUAAUUACAAACCAGAGGGACACGGUUCUAAGCAAAAAGGCAUCUGGUUCGGUGAUUCAUGAAAUGCUGCUAUCCCAAGUGCUCCAGUAUGAACACAGGCAGGCAGAGGUUGAGUUUUGGAACUGGAAAGGAGAAAUGAGCAAGCAUGCAUUGACAGUCAUGUCCCACCACAGUAUGCAGGCGGACCUCUCUAGUCUACAGCAGGCUGUCAUAAAAUGGCAGGCUUUCAGCAAACACCACCAAGUGCACCCAUUGGACUACAGUUACCUGCUGGACCUUCUCAAGAACAUUGAAGAACAGUGGGAGCCAUCCAUGUGCCCAAGGGAACUGGAGCAAAGCUUGGCUGAAAGUUUCAUCCUCUUCACCGAAUAUUGUCUCUUGCUGCUGAAAAAACUGAGGGAGAACUUCCCCGUCUUCAACACAACAGUUAUCAGCCGGCUUGAAUUCAUGCUAAGGUGUCUCAAUCAAAUACAGAAUAUGCAAGCGUUUAAGACAGUCUGUCCCUUCCACAAUGAACUGCAUCUGGAAAUUGCAACUGUGUUAAAGAAAGGCACAAUGGAAUGGUACGAAAAGACUUAUAUGUACUAUAAGCCACAAGAGAAGAAUGAUGUGGAACAGCUGAGGUGUCUGGUGAAACUAGCUGAUGCCGUUCAUGAAGAUGUAGAGAAAAGCCAGAAUGUGUACAACAAGCACUUUGCCAGUAUCGUCAAAGUAGAUUACUUUAGUAUUACCUACAGGCAGCUAGAAAAACUGGUGGCUGAUGAAGUGAGCAUUGCAAUGGAGAGUCUGGGCUCAGAGCAAGAAGAGCCCCGAAUCACCCAUGCUAUUGGGGAGACGUUAUUUGAGCUUUACAUUACCCUCAAGGAACUGAGGCGUUUUAGGGAUUACCUGCCUUUAAAAGACAACAAAUCACUGGCCUUGAUGGGAUUCCACGACCUGUUUAAAGUUUCCAUCCAGACUUGGCUUCAAACUGUGCACGAAAAGGCCACUGACAGGAUACAGCGAGCAGUGGAAGUAGAUAAGCUGGAGUAUGUGGACUCUCUCUCUAAGCACAGCAGCUCAGCGGUGGAUGUCACUAACUGCUUCUCACAAAUCAAAGAGUUCUGGAUUCAGCUAGCUUGGCCAGACUCCUCGGAGGCCUUUGGGUUUCUAACCCAGCUUUCUGAAGAUAUAUGCAAAUCAGCAAUAUAUUAUUCAGAAGUGAUUAAACGUAAAGUUGACAAAAGCCACCAGACAGCUGGACAAGCUGUUGUUACGGAGCAGCUCUGUAUAAUCUUAAAUAACAUCGAACACGUGCGGAAGUUCAUGGGCAACGUCCUCCGAGAUCUAGACUGGAAGUCUCUGGAGACAGCGGUGGAACAGUCGUGCGGCACAGAUGGGAAACAGCAGGUGCAGAAGGCAUUGAAUACUCAGCUUCAAAACAUUGAUAUAGACAUGCAGAGAGAGGCAAAGAACAUGAUCUCACAUCUAACAGAAAAGAUGAUCGGUGAUAUUAAGAAAUAUAUACAACAUAUAAGCUUGUCUCCAGACUCCAUUCAGAAUGAUGAGGCUGUGUCUCCCCUAAUGAAAUAUCUUGAUGACAAAUUAAUUAUACUAAGUGAAACCUUGGUGAAAGAAAACCUAUACAGGGUCCUUGAAGCUCUCUGGUGGCUCCUGUUGAAAUUCAUUAUAGAUGCUGUGGACUCCAACAGAGGAGUAUCUGUAGAGUUCUAUGGGCGAUUUUAUUAUACACUCGAGGCCCUGGUAGACUUUUUCCAUGCAGAAGGACAAGGUUUACCGCUGGACACCUUGCGGAACGGAGAUUACCGGUUUUUAGAAGAAGAAUUACGUUUAAAUAAAUGUUCUACAAGUGAACUUAUUGAAAAAUACUACAUGGAUAACAUCAAAGAGCAGAGAUCAGCAGAGCAUAGUAAAUACGGACGAAUUAGUGUAAAAUGCUAUUAUGAGACCUCAGAGCAGAAACUGUAUGUGGAAGUGCUGCACGCUGCGGAUCUUAUCGCACUUGACGCAAAUGGUCUGAGUGAUCCUUUUGUCAUAAUUGAGCUGUGCCCCCAUCAUAUAUUCCCAAUGGUGAGAGGUCAGCGGACACAAGUCAAAGCCAAAACUUUGCACCCGGUGUACGAUGAGCUGUUUUAUUUCUCGGUGUCAUCGGAGCAAUGCCGGAGAAAAUCCGCCUGCAUCCUCUUCACGGUCAUGGAUCACGACUGGCUGUCCACCAAUGACUUUGCUGGUGAGGCUGUGCUUCCCAUGAACAUCAUCUAUGGACUGAACAGGCCACAUAUCACCGGCGGGGUGAAAAAUGUCCAGCCUACAGUAUUGAAGUUGACAAGGCCUAAAGCCAAUGUGAAGUCGAUCCUGAAGAUGCUUGACGGAAGAAUGGACAAAGAAGCACAAGAUUUUGUGAAGAAACUUAGGGAACUGGAGAAGUAUAUGGAAGAUGACUAAGUUGCAAUUUUUACUGUGAAAAACAACAAACAUAUAUUUGUAUAUAACUAACUAACUUCUUGUCUGCUAGGGAAGGCAGCAUAGUCUUGCUGUAUUGUGUCAGAGGCCCCUUUGGAAGGGAAGAGAAUAAGUUUAAAUAACUUUGAUAUAACUUUUAUUUGUUAUCUAUUGUUAAGUUUUUGUUCCGUUUAUGUUAUGAGAACUAAAGUUUUGAAUAUUAAGUGUCAAAUGAAUAUUGUAACGAUUGGUGUAUCAAGGAAUUAAUUUCUGUUCCACCGACUGAGAUUUUUUUCUUACUGUAACUCUAUUCAAAGGAAAAUCUGGAAUGCAUAGAAAUCCAGUACUGUGUGUACAAAAUACAGUACAAAGAUGCAGUAUAUUACUUAGUAUUUGGUGCCACCUGCUGAAUGGUAUAGUAAAUGACCUUUCAUGUCAACUACGCACAGCACAACAUAUAUUAAACACGAUUUAUAGGAUAUUUGGGAAGGGGCCUUAAUUGCAGACCUCACCAACUAACAAUGAAUUGUGACCACAGACAAAGAAACCAGGGCUCCUGAAAAGAGUGGAGCAGUCCAUUGGUCAUUGUUUAUACCCAACAGAGAGACUCUCAAGUAGAAUUUACCACCCUCUGCAAAAUGUUACCCACAUGUUCUAGGGAAAUACAAGUUACGUGGCAAUAUUCAUACAAUAAUAAUAAAGGUUGUGACAUAAUAAGUAAUUAAUCUUGAAUAUAUGAAGCAAAGCUCGCCUUGAUAUUGCAGUAUGGGCACCCAAAACCAACCACAAUGCCAUAUCAUUAUCUAAACCUACAUAUAUAACUGUCACCCUGUGUGCAGCCACCCACCCACCCACCGACCACACAAACUGGGUGCUAUAAAGCCAGCAGUUAUCCCCCUGGGAGAGAAACAGCAGGAUCACUGGGCAAUGCAGACACUCAUAUGUGCGGCUAUAUUUAACAAUUAAUCUAUUGUUCCAAUCACGGACCUAGUAACAGGGCCAACCUUCGUGUGGUCAUUGUAGUUCAUUGUAAUCUUCAGUGUGAUGAAAAAUGUUUACCAAGUUGCCCUUAAAACAGGAUGGUUUAUACUUCAUACGCAUUGGGUAUGGGAUCCCGGCCGCCAGAAUGCCGGCAGCAGGGUGUGCGCUAGCAAGCCCCUUGCGGGUUUACUGCACUCGCCACAGGUUCUAUUCCCACUCUAUGGGUGUCGUGGAUACCCACGAGUGGGAAUAGCCCGUUAGCUGGGAUUCCGGCUGGCGGCAUUGUCAGCGGUCGGGAUACCGGACUUGGUUUCUUGAUCGCCAGGAUCCAGACUGGCGGCAAUGUCAUUGUAUCCCCUUCAUACCCCCUAAUGUGCCUACAUGUGCUCAGAACUCAUACCAUGUUCUGUUUUACACAUAUUUUUAUUAUUAUUUACUAUUAAAUGUGUUCUUUCUGUUAAAUGUAACUGAAAAUAAGUUCCCUUUCAUAUUUUCAGUGUAAGAACCUAGGAUCUAGGUCAAUGUUCUCUGUAAUUGUUUGGAUGCAGUCUCCAUGUCAUCAGUGAGAUUGGCACAUUCAUCACGCUUACAUGGUUCAAAUGUCAAUAUCAUAAAUGCAUUUGUAUUAGGCCUAGGGUUACCGUUAGGUUUACACAGACAAUAAACACAAGUGUCAACAAUUCCUCAUUUGAUCAAUAUCGACACAUUGAUAUAAUGAAUGUCAAUAAAAUAUAUGGAAUCCCUCAU